GACUUUCAAGAAGCAAAUGGGAGAGUAGACUUAGAGGAUUGUUGACCAGCCUCCAUACGAUGUUCAGGACAAUGCACCCUUCAGAGGAAUGGGGACUACAGAGCACGUGCUGGAGGCAAUUAAUUAUCGGAAUGUGGCCAUAUCAAAACGGACACUGGGCACCGGGAGACUCUCACAGCGACGGAAAGUUGCAGCCCCUGGCACCGCCUUGGGGGUCUCCCGGCAGUGUCCAACCGCCGCCACCCCUCGCCGACUGCGGCACUUUGGAGAUCUCCUUCGCCCGCACCCUCGCUCAGUUCAGCGGUAUCGCCUGUGCCCAGAACGCCCCACCCAUGACGAUGCUCCUGGACGGAGGCCCGCAGUUCCCCGGGCUGGGAGUGGGCAGCUUCGGCGCGCCGCGCCACCACGAGAUGCCCAACCGCGAGCCGGCGGGCAUGGGGCUGAAUCCCUUCGGGGACUCGCCCCACGCCGCCGCCGCCGCCGCCGCCGCCGCCGCCUUCAAGCUGAGCCCCGCGGCGGCUCACGAUCUGUCUUCGGGCCAGAGCUCCGCGUUCACGCCGCAGGGCUCGGGUUACGCCAACGCCCUGGGCCAUCAUCACCACCACCAUCACCACCAUCACCACGCCGGCCAGGUGCCCAGCUACGGCGGUGCCGCCUCCGCCGCCUUCAACUCCACGCGCGACUUUCUGUUCCGCCAGCGCGGCUCCGGGCUCAGCGAGGCGGCCUCGGGUGGCGGGCAGCACGGGCUCUUCGCCGGCUCGGCGAGCAGCCUGCACGCUCCAGCUGGCAUUCCCGAGCCCCCUGGCUACCUGCUCUUCCCCGGUCUGCAUGAGCAGGGCGCCGGGCACCCGUCGCCCACAGGGCACGUGGACAACAACCAGGUCCACCUGGGGCUGCGCGGGGAGCUGUUCGGCCGCGCCGACCCGUACCGCCCGGUGGCCAGCCCGCGCACAGACCCCUACACGGCCGGCGCGCAGUUCCCUAACUACAGCCCCAUGAACAUGAACAUGGGCGUGAACGUGGCGGCCCACCACGGGCCCGGCGCCUUCUUCCGUUAUAUGCGGCAGCCCAUCAAACAGGAGCUGUCGUGCAAGUGGAUCGACGAGGCUCAGCUGAGCCGGCCCAAGAAGAGCUGCGACCGGACCUUCAGCACCAUGCACGAGCUGGUGACACAUGUCACCAUGGAGCAUGUGGGGGGCCCGGAGCAGAACAACCACGUCUGCUACUGGGAGGAGUGCCCUCGCGAGGGCAAGUCCUUCAAGGCGAAGUACAAACUGGUCAACCACAUUCGAGUGCACACGGGCGAGAAACCCUUCCCCUGCCCCUUCCCGGGCUGCGGGAAGAUCUUUGCCCGCUCCGAGAACCUCAAGAUCCACAAGAGGACCCACACAGGUGAGAAACCGUUCAAAUGUGAAUUCGAAGGCUGCGACAGACGCUUUGCCAACAGCAGCGACCGCAAGAAGCACAUGCAUGUGCACACCUCGGACAAGCCCUAUAUCUGCAAAGUGUGCGACAAGUCCUACACGCACCCGAGCUCCCUGCGCAAGCACAUGAAGGUUCAUGAAUCUCAAGGGUCAGAUUCCUCCCCUGCUGCCAGUUCAGGCUAUGAAUCUUCCACUCCACCCGCUAUAGCUUCUGCAAACAGUAAAGAUACCACUAAAACCCCUUCUGCAGUUCAAACUAGCACCAGCCACAACCCUGGACUUCCUCCCAAUUUUAACGAAUGGUACGUCUGAGGACAAACACAAACACAAACCCUGUUAACCAUAGAAUGGACCAAAUGCAUUUUAAAAAGGAAACUGAGACCAAUCAGAUGGAAAUGGAGUUUUUUAAGGCAAGAGGCCAUAUAUAGGGUUACAUCUUGUUAAUUGCAAUUGUCCAGGAAGGUUUUUGGGCAAGAUCCAAAAGUAGCCAUGCCCUUUUCUCAGGAUUAGAAAAUAUGUUUUGGCAUUUGAAGGAUUUUCAAAAAAAAUCUUUUUCACUGCUUUUUCCUCCCUUUUCUCUUGCUCUCUGCACACCCCAUUCCUAAACUCCUUCAGCUCAUUUUAACACUUGUCCUGUUUCUUGAGAGGAAGUUAUAGAAGGCUUGUUGUUGGUGGUGAUGUUAAACUGAUGGAAAUUCUUCGCCUUAGUGGUGAUUGUUUAAACUCUCACAGUCUUAAACCGUGCCAAAGUCCUGUUAUGUCUUGAACUUUUCCUCAAAGCAUUACACUUGUGAAUGUAUUUUUGUCUAAUGGGGUCGAAACUGUUGUUCAGUAUUUUUUCAGGCUGAGGAUGUGAUGUUACUCUACACAGAUUGUGACGUUUAGUAUACAGUUGCCUUUUGUAAUAACUUUUUUUUUUGUAAAUACAUAUCCAUUGAUGCCAUAUUUAUCGUUUGUAAUUUAAUUAUUGCUACAAGUGCCGGGAACUGAACAAUAUUUAUGGAAAAAAAUGUUUUCUAACAAAUGCUGUACAGCUUUUGAUUAUAACUGCUUUAGCAUUAAAUUUUAUUGUUUUGAAAGAAGAACACAAUUUACAGUUUUUGAACCACUGACUCCUUUCUCUUGUUUUGUAACAGCCUCCCUCUACAAAGAGGAGACGUAAGCAAAUGAAAUCUUGUUUGUUGGUAUUUAUAACUCACUCAGAUCCCUUUUUUAAUUGUUAAAUUAUUUUUCUAUUGCAGUGUAGAUUCCUUACAGUGUCAGUUUCCAUCUGGGGAGACCCUCCUUUCUUUAUCUGUAGCUCAGAUGGUUGUUUAACUGCGAGUUUAAAUGUGUUUGUCCUGGAUUUUCAGCAUGCAAAUCAAAUAUUACUGAUCAGUUCAGUUAGUGGCCAUGACAUCUCAAUCUUGUAUUUCAAAGACUGAGAAGCUGGAUUUAAUCAUCCCUGCCCUACAUAUAUAAACAUAAGGUAACCUAAUGAGUUUUAUGUCCCUUAGUUUUUUAUUACCUUACAUAAAAAUGAACAUUGUGGCAGGAUGCAUGUCUGUGUAUUCUAUCGAGGGAUCACCCAUAUACAUAUAUAUGUUUGUAUCUAUGACUUAUCUAAUCUGCCUAUCAAAUCUAUCUAGCUAUCUAUAUAUUUUCAAAAGUAAGCGUAUGUCUGAAACAGUGGUGAUGAGUAAGGCCAGUUGAGCCGUGCUUACUUAUGGUUAAAGUGCUUCUUAAAAGAACCAUAGUCCAUUUACAGUUUUGGAAGGCAAAGGCUGAUUUGUUUUGCUGUAUAUAGUUCAAUUCAUAAUUAUCAGUUAUUCAUAACAUUUUUAUAGCGGUGUAAUAACUGCAGCGGUUCUGAAAUGAUAUGGAAAGAAAAAAACAUUUGCAAAAUAUGUAUUUUUAAAGUUCAUGGUUUGUAGGCACAGAUGUUAAGAGCAUUGUUUCCAUUAAAAUCAAUAACAAUGAAAAA